UUAUAAAGGACUAGGGAAUGAAAAAACUAUCAGAGAAAACGAAACAAGAUCAAGUAAAAGAGGCAAAAAGAAGAAGCAAGAUUUUGCAGAGGAAACGAAGCAAUCUCUCAGCGAAUAGCAGUAACGAUCUCUUGGUGGAAUCUUUUAAAUUAGUGGAAUUUUUGUGCACAAAUCAGUAAUGGCAUCCAAAAUUGGUCGUCUAAUUCCAGAUCAGAACUUGAGUAUUCGAUACAAUGGAGCUUCUGCUGGGGGAAAGGCUAAUAAUGUAGUGAAAUCACAGAAGAAAGGAGGGCUUGGUGGAAGAAAACCACUUGGUGAUCUAUCAAACUCAGGCAAGCCUGCUCCAACUCAGCCAUCAAAAAAGGCAAAUCCCAAGAAUUUUGCUUUCAUUGAAGCAAUUCAAGAUUCAAGCAUUAAGAAGAAUAGCUUCAAAGCCUUUGACAAAGUGCAGACAGGUAGUAGGAAAGCACUUUCUGACAUUUCAAACUCUGGGAAGCCAAAUCUACAGGAGGAAUCAAAGAAGAAGCAGAACUUGAAGCUUGGUGUUGUGGAAGAAGAUUUUGUUUGUCCCAAUGGUGGUAUCUUGGAGGAAGGAUUUCUUCACAACCAUCAGGAAUGUAUUAAAGCCCAGACUAUGACUAUGGACGUAGACCAGUUUCUGAAUACACUUGGGCUAGUUUCUUCAAAACAGUUUGCUUCUCCAAGGGCAAUACCUACAGCGUCAAGCAAAAUGGAAAUUGAGAAAUCCAUGUGGCAUUUGGAAUUGGAAGAGAUGGAUGAAGAUAUGAUUGAAGAUAAAUACUGUGGGAAAGAGAGCUCUCCUCCAUGCAAGACUCCUAAAUCAUCAAAUUGCAGUAGCCUCUGGAAUGACUACGAGAACAGCAAUUUUAACUUGAUGGAGACACCUGAAUUAAGAAAGCGUUGAUUCAACUUGACUUGAUGCUAUAACAAUUAGGAAUUGAUGGUCAAAUUUAGGAAGGAAUAUCGUGUUAAAUAUGUGUAGUGUUUCAGUUUGAAACUCAGUAGAGCUGCUAUUGUUUGUUCAUAUUAUGUUGAAAAUUGUAUGCCAACCAGAACCAUGAAAUAGAUUUCUCUUAACUUUGUUUCUGUAGUUUCUCUUAAUAGUUCAUAGUGUUUGUUCAAUUGAAAUUCAGGUAUUCAGCCAAUGAUAUUGCCCCAUGUUCUAUUGCAAUUCCAUAUGCAUAGGUUUGGGUUAAUGCUGUUUGGAAAGGAAAUAGAAAACACAAUGAGCUUUAGAGGAUGAUGUUUUUCUUGUCAAAUACUUGUAAUAGUUGGUUUGUAUUUCUUUCUUCAGUCUUUUGGGUAUGUUUUUGGAUAUUUGUUUCCCCUAAGUUUUUGUUCUCUUCGACUUUUGUACAUGGGCUUUGAUUUGGAUUACUUGUACUCUCAAAUUUCAAUUAGAAGCUUACACAAAAUGGUUAGCUUGGAA